UAAAACCCCUUCGUAUAUAAUGUCUUGGUAUUCUAGCACUCUCAUUUUUAUAGAUAGACGUUGCCGCCUAUUCUCCUAUGAUGUCAGGACUCUGACCAUGAGGAAUCUUGGAUUUCGUCAUAUAGGCCUGAGGUUGUUUACCAAAGAGGGCCGUACCGUCCAUUUUUUUAAGGAGAGCUUAGUAAGAAUUAAACGAGAGAAUGGAGAGCCGAACCAUUGAAACUUACGGACAUAUUUGACACCUUGAUUAAACUUUAAACAAGAGUGGAUAAUAUGUUACCACUCAGCCUCAAGUUUUCCUAGCUAAGUUUGUCUCGCAUCAAUAAAGCUUUCAGAUAUAACUUUACAGUUAUAAUUACUAGUUUCGUUCUUGGAGAUCACAAUUUCACUUGUUUGAAAUCUUCUCCAUUGUUUCCAUAUUGCUGUAGUCUGAGAUUGAGUUCAAAUAUAAAGGGUUGAUUAUCCCUUCGCUAUUUUCUUUUUGAGGGGGAAGAAAAAAUAAAGAACCUUUCUUGCAUUUCAAUUCCUGGGGAAUGGGUAGUGGCGAAGCUACAUUUAUGUAAGGGGUGUCAACCUUUGCUAGAAAAUUACAUUGUAUGAAUAGGUGUAUAUAUACUAUAUAUUGAACCCUUUUAACUUCUUUCUGUGGGUUGCCCGUUUAUCAUUAUGGUAGAGUUGACAGUUUUCACGCAUUCCAUUACCCAAGCAAUAAAUUUGGUAGGGAAGCCCAUUUCCACCAUCACUUGCUCUAAAUAGCACCAUUCAACAGAAUCAUAUGCCUUUUGAAGAUCCAUCUUUCCUUGGUGAGAUGUUUUUCCUAGUGUAUCCAUCUUUCCUUGGUGAGAUGUUUUUCCUAGUGUAUCCUUUGAUCAGUUCAUGCGCCAAUAUAAUGUUAUCGGCUAUCUUUCUACCAGGAAUGAAAGCAGCCUGAGCAUCACAUAUGAAAGCUGCUAUGACUCGUUGGAAUCUAUUGGCCAAAAUCCUGGAGAUCAAUUUGUGUAGGACAGUGCAACAUGCGAUAGGCCUAUACUCCUUCAUUGUUGUAGGAUUUGCCGUUUUAGGUACCAAUGUGAUAGUCGUGCAGUUGAUGGCUUCAAACACUAGAGGAAAACAACUUUGCGAAAUAACCUUCUCUUCUCCAUGCUCUCGGCGCGUGCAAGUUAACGUACGCCAGAAAUAACCUUCUCUUCUCCAUGCUCUCGGCGCAUGCAAGUUAACGUUCGCCAGUAGGGUUUGACAUGCCGAUGGGAAAGGGACGAGGGUGUGGACGACCCAAAAACUUACCAAUUAUUGCCUUUGGAAGUGCUGCAGGAUCUCGGAUACAAGCAGCUGCAGAGAAUCAGGAGCAAGGAUUAAUUACCCCAACUCAAUCUAAUGGUUUGAACUUGCAGGUAAGUAAGGGAUCUAUGGCAGAAAUAUCACUACAAGAAAAGAGAUCAUUAACGACCAUUUCUUCACGAAAGGAAAUUAAUCCAGUCGUUAUAUGUGUACUUAUAGCGGCCAACAUUUAUUCUGGUCGUUAAAGUUAUUUUUUACUGUAAUUUUUACGAGGGAAUUAUUUGUGGUCCUUCAAAUUGUGUCAAUCCCGUCGUUAAAUCUAAAUAAAAAUGAAAAACAAGCGCUAAUUUUUCCCUCCUUUAUUUUCACAACCAACUAUCCGCACAUUACCCCCAAAUUAUCAAAAAAACCCUACAAUCUCUCGCCUAAAAUGCUAUCCCAAAACAUGCACAACAACUUCAGCAAAGAAGAGGCAAAGAAUCACGAACAAAUAGGGCUCUCGCUGCAAUUGGCCACUACUCGAUCGGCGAAGAAGUUCUGAAAUUAACACUAUAUAUACAGAGCAGAGCAGAACUCAACAGAUAAUCACAAAAAAAUUUGGGCUUCUGGACGUAGCUUAUAAUCUGUCUUCUCUAGUGAAUCUGUGUCAACGCUAAUAGGAUUCUGUUCUCCUUCUCGUCAAGGUAAACUCAAGUUAUAACUACCCUUUAAUGUUGUUGUUUUAUGUUUUGGACUGAUUUUCAACUUGUUUUCAUGGAGUUUUCGGCUGAAAUGUUGGUGGCAUUUUGGAGCUAGUUUUUCUGGGUUUUAGUUUUCGUUUUACUAUUGCAUUUUGGGGUUGUUUUGGGAUUAUUUGGAGCUAAUGUUGGGCUGAUUUUGUCCAGAAAAACAACUGGGUUUGGGAUGAGUUUAAUCGAUAGGAAGAGAAAAGAUGAAAUUAGGUGUUGGGAUUUUUGAGAGAGGGUAACGAUGGGCUUGGAUGAUAUUUGGAUGAGUUUUCCUUCUGCUUUUUCGUCUCUUUUUGUUGGCUUCUUUUCCGAUCUCCUCCCUCUGUUCUCUCUCCGUCACUCUAUCUAUACUUUCCCUAUUUUCGUCCGUCAAGUUAUAAUGGUGAAUCUAUGUCGCUAAACUUGUAGUAAUAACUAUUGUGAAAUCGCGCCUUUUUUUUUUUUUUUUAUCUCUCUGCUUUUCAAAUAUUGGAUUUCUUCUUAGAAUUAUUGGAUUUGUAGUACCUCUGCUAUUUGUUUGCUUGCUGGAAGAUUAAGAUUUAAGAAUCAAACAUGCUUGUAGGAAUUAAAUUUGCCUCUUAAUUUGUAACAAUAUGUGUUUAGAUGUGAUGUUCCUUAGUUCUUCAAGUCCAUAAUCUUUCUCUUCUUUCUUGUUCCAGCAGUGUUUUAAUUGGUUAAUGUAGUUGACGAGUGGGAUUAGUUUAGUUUUGUUCUUUACAUCUUCUUCAUCUUGAAAGAGAUGAUCGUCUUUGCUAAGGAAAUCUAGAAAAUAACUAUACAAUAAUUAAGAUCUGCUAAGUCAGAGAUGCCACUUACCUGUUUUGGUAAAAUGCUUUAUGCAUGUUCUGUGUGAAUUUAAAGUCACAUUAUUCAGUCAACUAAAGUUAGCAUAUUUUAGUUCGUUUAUGUAGUAGACCUCUGGUUAUAUGAAUUGGCUCAAAAGAACUUUCAUCUUAUCAUAAUCUAUGAAUUGUAAACAUAUAAAUAUUGUUGAAGUUUUCCAUGAUAAAUCAUCACCAACCUGUGGUGAUUAAUUAAAAGCUCUGAGCAAUACUUUUAACCAGGAGAUUGAGGGGGAAGUCACAUGUUUUAAUUUGGUUUAGGUGAAUAACCUGCUUUAGUCUCUUCUUUGUCUGACUUUGCUCUCUUCCCAUAUCUUUAAUCAAUGAAUCCACUUUCAGCUUAUCUUUGUCCAUUUCGAUCAGAUAUCUAUCUGAAAGAAUCUCAAGUCGUACUACUGAGUAAAAACCACACCCAUCAAGUAUUGUAACUGUAUAAUCUUUAUCCUUUCCAACAAAGAAACAGACAAUAUCGAGGAAUAAAUUCUGCACAUCAUCAUCUGGCAGUAAAUCAUAGCUGAUUCUGAGUUUUUCCAGGAUCUUAUUGUCAGGGAUUGCCUUUAGUUUCCUUAAUGCACAUUCCCACACCUCUAUACUUCUGUCACAAAGAGAAGAACCUAAAACAUUGAGAGCCAAAGGAAUCCCUUUACAAUGAAGUAUCACAUUUUCUGAAAGGUCCUUGUGAUCUUCUGAAGGUUGUUCUUUUCCAAAAGCAUACCAACUGAAGAGUCCAAUUGAUUCUUGAGCAUUCAAUGGCGUGACCUUAUACAUCUUACAUCUGCAGACCUCACUAGCAUCAAAUAGGUGCUGAUUUUAUUAUGAAUUUAAUGUUAAAUAAUCCUAACACCAAAUGUAGCAGUCUGAACCUAUCACAUUAAGAAACCUUCUAGCAGUACUUGGUAAAUUAAUGAAGUUGGAAUAAGAGAGAACAAAAGUAAUAUAUUGUUAUAAAAGCAAGUUAGAAGAAAACUGAAGGCUUUUCAAUCAUGAGCUCAAGAUUAUCGCUUUUAGGGAAAUAGCAGUGACCUUCAUAUCUAGGAAUAAGAACCUUUGCGGAGGUAUACCAGAAUUGAAGUUGCCAACAUGUCCAAACACUGAACCUAAGGGAAGAGAUAAAUCCAGCAGCAUUAAGUUAAUGAUCCCUCUACUUUCUGGACUUCUAGCAGCGGUCUUGAUAAUGUCUUUAGUCAUAAUCUUUCGGUUAAGAAAGGCCAAGAAAGAGUCGGUCUUUAAUAUCUUCACCUACAUGGGGGUUUCUUUUGAGAGUUACUUAUGAGAACUUAUUUAGAGCAACAAAUGGAUUCUCUUCUGCUAAUUUGAUUGGGAAUGGUAGCUUUAGUUCUGUUUACAAAAGGGUACUUGAUCCAGGUGAAAGAUUGGUUGCAAACGUUGACUAACAAGGGGCUUUUAAGAGCUUCAUGUCUGAGAAACAUUAGGCCUCGAAAUCACUAACAGAUGUUUUACAAUGCUUUGUAAAGAAGCUUUACGAUGGAUCUAUUCUAUAAACAGAUGUUUAACACAUUAAUUGCCUUUGUAGAUUUUAUGGCGAGCCCUAAAUAGCUUUUUGCUACUAUGUACAUUUACCAAAUUAAUAUCCCCUUCAAACUCUUUUAACAUUUUCCCUGGAAAAGCUCUUCUGUAAAUUCUGUUAAAUGGCUAAUUGUAAAAUAAUAGAAGAGAACAAAGAGACAGACAGCUCUAUUAGACCCCUCGCCUCCUCUAGUUCUUCUUACUCCUCAUUUGUUCCCCUCGCAAAAAGCUGAGAAUUUUGCAACGAGCUGCUAUACAAUGCUAAUUCACUUUCAUUUACUACUGGUUCUUAUCUCACAUUUCUAGCUUAGCCACAAGCAACUUCAUAUAAUCUGAGUUGUUCUCUAUCUUUCGACUUUUGCUGACAAAUCAGUCUGCUCUUUUACCAGUCUUUUAUUUGAUGGUACAGAUGGUCAUACAAGAGAGAUUUAUACUUUAGAAACAAAGAUCAUGGCUACUCAUAAUAUUUGUGUAUAUUGCACAAAUGACAAAUCUAGUCCUAUUCUAUAAGUGUUUAGUACCUUUGCAUAAACUUUGCUUAUGGGUUGUAAUCAACAUAAGGUACAUGGGAGAAGAAGGAGCUGCGGAAUCGGGAGGAAAGAGAAGUAAGAAGUAGGGGGAAAAGAAUGGAAGAUACUUCUUAUGGGCCUUGGGUGGCAGGAUCUGUUAUUAUCUCAACAGUCGCUUGUAGCUUUUCUUUUCUUGCAUUAUCUCCUUCGCUCCUUCAGACAGUUAACAGAGAACGUUAAAUGAAAGAUCUCCAGGACAAUCUUUCAGAAGUUGUAGAGGGUAAAUGCUAAAAGAAUAAAUAUAGGAACAUAUCAUACUAUCAAAAUCUUUGAGUUGACCCUGUACAUAUGGUUAUGCACUGCCUUAGUGCAUUUUUGUUAAUACAAUUGUUACCAUUCCCAAAAAUCUUUGAGUUGGCCUCCAUUUUAUGUCAUAUUAAAUAUCCUGCAUUUUCGGUGUUGACUUGAACUAAAACAACUCACCAACCUACCAUUAAAAAGUGUUUAUCUUAAUAGUCCUCAUGUUUUUUGGCCAGGUACCGUGAGAUUUAACCUACAAUACAUAUUUAGUUUAUAUUAUUAAUUCAUGGCAAAGUAGUUGCAUUACUAAUUUGCCUUUUUGAUAAUUUUCAAGUCCUUUCCUUUGUUGAUUGAUGAUUUUGCAAAAUAUUGUUGGACAAAUUUGACACUGAGGACAUGAAUCAUCAAAGAGAUCAUGUCUUAAGCCAUAUGAAAAAGUUAUGGACCAAUUGGAGAGGAUCACUGCACAGGUAUGUGAAGUUUAAGCCAUUGCAUGAAGCUCUAAAAGAUGUUCCGAAGGAGGUAGACAAGAGCGAUUGGGAAUGGUUGGUCAAGGAACAUUUUUUAAGUGAAAAAUUUAAGGAAACAAGUAUUAGAAACUCGAUCAAUAGGUCUAAGUUGAGAAUGCCUCAUCAUACGGGUAGCAAGCGGAUUAGAGAAAUUAUUUAUGAACUGGGAGGCAAAGACGGUAAUCUACCGAACAUGGCGACUAUCUUCUUUCAGACUCACAAGAAAGACCACACGCUUGUAGAACCUGAAGCUAGUAAAAAAUAUGCUGAAAUACAAGAGCUAGUACAAUCUAAGCCAUCUCUUACGAAUAUCGAGGUAAUAAAAAGGUAUUUUGGACCUCAAAAAAAGAGUCAUGUGGUUGGAUUAGGGGGUGGUAUAACCACUAAGGAGUUGAAAGGCGGUAGCUCCUCAAAGGCUGCAAUCCUGAUUGAGCUAAAUGCAACUCGAAAAGAAAAAAGAAUCACUACAAAACGAGCUGAAUGCAACUAAAAAAGCAAAAGACUCUCUGGAAAAACAUAUGGACGACUUUGAGUCUAGGUAUGAUCAUCUUAUAAGCUUAUUGGUUGAUCAACCUUCAUCAGCACCAUCUACAAUUCAACAAAGUACACGUUGAAUUAUUUAACAGAUAAAGGGCCUGAAAAAGUUUGAAAAAUCAUCCUUAAAGAUAAUUCCGAGCAAGUUGAAUUAGCAGCUGGAAUUGUUGAAGAACAAUGGAAAUCUAUUUUGUUUUAUUAGGAGUUGUCGUCAUCUGUACAAACUACUAUAUAUAUCUCUUUAAUUUUCUGUUUUC